GCUCACCUCACUCACCUCACUCACAACCCACCCACAUAGCCUAGAACCAUGUCGGGCGUACCGAUACGAAGUCUGUUUGGGGAUACGCAGCGGUGGUGUGAGGAGGACGAGGCGUACGCUGAGAACGACGAUGACUCGAGCAAUGUGGCACCGCCCGUCUCGGACGCUGCUACCUUCUAUGCAGCGGCUGGUGGAAGCGAAGGCACACCAAAGAGCAAGUCGGAGCUGAAAGAGGGCAUGCGGUUGGUGCGCGAGUCUGGAUAUGGUGAUGUGGUCGCUGUUCGCGUCCCGCUCGACGUACUGGACAGCCAUGAUGAUGAUGACGAUGGAGAUCGGGUGGAAGAAGCCCGGCAGGUUCGCGAGGAGGAGGCCAUGGAGCAAGGCAUGCGCAGUAUGAGUCUGGAGGAGAGGAUUGAGUAUGAUGAUGCCGCGCUGGCCGAAGAGGAGGCGUAUGAGAAGGCCGCUGAGGCCGGAACGACGCAAGUGUUCUCCUACGACGAGCUGCUGGUGGAUCCGGAUGCCGAUGACGACAACGAGACCUGGGCGCAAGAGACAUACGCUGCACCGGCAAACUCACCGCGGCUUGCCUGUCCCUCGUGUUUCACCCUCCUUUGUGUCGACUGCCAGCAGCACGAGCGGUUUCCCUCCCAGUUCCGGGCCAUGUUUGUCCUCUCGGCGGCUGAGAUUGUCCCACACCAGCGCCUGGCAUUUGCGCCAUCGGCCUCGUCUAGCCGCCGGAUGAAAGCUGUGACGAGUCAAGGCACAGUGGUGCUUGAAGGUGGCGAUCCCGAUCAAGCCGCCGUCUACCUCCCUGUCCGCUGCGGCGUGUGCAGUGCUGAUGUCGGCGUUUUUGACUCUGACGAGAUCUUCCACUUCUUCAACGUCGUCGUCUCCAACUAGGCUACCUUGCGCAUGGCAGCGUUGCGCCUGCAGCCGAGAUCUAUUACCUGGACACAAGCUCGAGCACACCACCCGGCCCGGUCUCUUCGCCCACCCGUCUGCCCCGAUCCUCCCC